AUGGAUCCAAGAAUGUGCAGAAAAAUCAGUAGCAGUGAAAGUCUUCCAGAUGUUGAUAAUGAAGAAUUCGAAGUUUCCAAUAUUAUCGCACCGCAAGAAAGUGAAGACAAUUUACUUUUGGAGGGCAGCCCAGAACCACAAACCGUGACCUGGCUUGACGACGAUCAAAUAGACGAUCUUAAUUUAGACCAAACUAACCUAUUUUUUCAUAGAGUUGAUAGUGCAGACAUAAUUUAUAGAAGCAAGAAAAAAAAGUGUAAAUUAGUAGGAAAAUAUGUAAUGGGUGACAUUUUGGGGGAAGGUUCAUAUGGGAAAGUUAAAGAGAUGUUAGACUCAGAGACUUUGUGUAGGCGUGCUGUUAAGAUAUUAAAGAAGCGGAAAUUGAGAAGGAUUCCUAACGGUGAACAAAAUGUACAGAGGGAGAUACAACUGUUACGAAUACUUAGACAUAAAAAUGUGAUAGAACUAGUCGAUGUUAUGUAUAAUGAUGAAAAGCAGAAGAUGUAUUUAGUUAUGGAAUUUUGUGUUGGUGUCCUGCAAGAUAUGUUAGAAUCUAGUCCUGGUAAGAAGUUUCCACAAAAUCAGGCUCACGACUACUUCACUCAGCUACUUGAUGGCUUAGAGUACCUGCAUGGACAAGGAGUUGUACACAAGGAUAUCAAACCGGGAAACCUACUGCUUACUCUGGAACAGACAUUAAAAAUUACAGACUUUGGAGUAGCUGAGGCCCUGGAUAUGUUCUCUCCACACGAUACGUGUUACACAGGCCAGGGGUCGCCAGCCUUUCAGCCGCCAGAAAUCGCGAACGGAGCUGAAACGUUCGCCGGCACAAAAGUGGAUAUAUGGAGCAGCGGUGUCACACUAUACAACAUGACAACAGGACGGUAUCCGUACGAGGGUGACAACGUGUAUCGGCUGUUGGAGGUUAUUGGUCGCGCUGAGCCGGCACCGCCGCCGGCAUCUGUGGGCCCCACCCUAACCGCUCUCUUAGUCCAUAUGUUGAAAAGGGACCCGGAACUCAGGCCAACUGUACAGCAGAUUAGACGGCACGACUGGGUACGUGCAAUACCACCGCUGAUGCCCGGAGAGAGAAUAGUCAGUCCUCGUUCGCGUAGAUCUGACGAACUGCACAAUUCCACUGUCAUCCCAUACUUAGUAGAAAGGCAUUACGUCUCUGCGCAGGAGUACUUUACUGAAAGGGACCUUAGGCACGAAUUAGGAGAUGGUGGUUCACGGACGUUAUCCACUGCCGAAUUAUCCGACGGCGAGUCGACACAAUGCAAAAGGCGGUGGCACUCGUCCUGCGGCCGUCUACCCUCCUGUCGCCUCACGUGA